AGCGGAAAUCCGUAAUGCCAACAAGCGAAACCCAGCAGGCAAGCUCUUUAACAUGUGCCGCAGUAGUUUACUCUUGCUUGUAGCUUUGGGCCAGCUACGAUUGUCUUAUUGUAUGGCUUUACCUCAGUACUUUGUUGCAACUCUGAUUAAUUUGGCGCCAUUGUGAAAUUCGCACCCUAAAUCUGAAGAAUGCGAAAAACCAGCAUGGGAUCGACUGAAAAGAUGAGGCGGUAACACCGAGAUUGCUAACGAUUUGAUAUUUUUAGCGACCCAUCUGUAUCGAGUAAAACAAAGGAGGAAAAACGGGAGAGACAAAAAAAGAGGAAGAGGACCAUGAAAGAUAUUUCCGAUUGUUGUCAAUGCGUAAUACAAAGAAUUGUGUGGGGUGCGCAAGAUUUUAUUAAGGGCUACAGAACUAAAAGAGAUGCAGAGGCGUGAAAUUUUCAGCUAUGUUUAUAAAUGGAAGAAUAUUUAAAUAGAAAGAAGUGAAAAAAAAUCAGAAUAUGAAGAAUAGCUAAAACACUACGCCUUCUUCUCCGUAAUAUAUCACAGCGUGUUUCUUUUUUAAAGUCAACAUUCCUUUUACAAUGGUCUUAACGCUUGCAAAAUCUUUGCGGAUCGGAUCAUAUGCUGCUGUUUUCGUUUUCACCUUAUAUGGUUUUAUACAUGGGAAAUUUUCUUCUGAAAAACUAUGGUAUUUGAUUGAUAACCAGAAAAAUGUACAAAAUCAACAAAAUACCAGGAAAUUCGAACAGCAAAAAAUUGUUCUAUUUUGGCAUACCGAAUUGCCAGAUAAAAGUGUGCAAGAAGAUCACAUGGAGAGUAUCAAGAAAUAUAUUGCUGAAGCACAUACAUUAUACAGCCCGAUUGACGAAUGUGGCAACUGUUCAUUUACUAUAGACAUGUCCAAGAUAACUGAUAACAACACCGCUGCAGUCAUAUUUCUGUAUAAAUUUGUGGAACCCGGUAAAAUGCCAAUUAAACGACGAAAUGAUCAACUCUAUAUAUAUUGGACGAAAGAAAGUCCUUCCACUCUGAAAUAUUAUCAUAACGAAACAUUCGAUUUCGAGGAAUCCAUAAAGUUCAACAGUACCAUGGGAUACAGGCGGAAUUCCGAUAUAUACACUCCUUUUUUAACAAGUGUCUACAGAACACUUCAGAUAAAAGAUUUAUCUGAUAAUAAUGUAACAUGGAUACCAAUGACUAAAAACAAAUGGGCGGCAGCGGUUAUCUCGAAUUGUGGAGCAACACCAGCUGCGGUCUAUCGGCACAAAUUAGUCACAAAAAUUUCAAUCUUAUCUGAAGGACGAUUAAAAACAUUUGGAAAGUGUUUUAGGAAGCAAAUAUCAAGAAAGAUGAAUUCCAUUCCCAAUCUUUUGAAGUCUUACAAAUUUUAUUUGGCAUUUGAGAAUUCAUAUCACUGCAGAGACUACAUAACAGAAAAAUUAUUUCAAAAUGCGUUUCAUGGAAACACUGUGCCCGUAGUAUGGGGAGCAACGAAAGCCGACUACACAUCACUGGCUCCACCUGGAUCUUUCAUAUUUGCUGAAGAUUUUAAUUCGGUGGAAGAACUUGUAACGUAUUUGAAUUAUUUAGACAGGAAUGACACUGCUUAUUUAGAGUAUUUCAGAUGGCGAACGAUGAGAGUAGAAAACUUUUCAAUUGUUAAACAAACAAAGGAUUUAUGUCAACUAUGCAAAAUCAUUCAAGGAAAAGCCAAGUAUAACAUUUCCGAUCCAAACCAUGUUUCGAAAUUUUUAUCUGGACAUAAUUCUCUCAGAUCCCAAACAUUACAGAAAAAAGUAACAUCACUAAAAGAAUGGUUUUUUGAAGAAGAGAAUAAGGAAUGUUUGAAUUUUAGAGGGAAAAGUAAUUUUCAAUAAUUUAUGAUGAUUUUAUUUAUUUAUGAAUUUAUGAACUAUCAAUUUAUAUUGGACAAUUGCAUAUGACACUAUUGUCGUUAACUACGUUAAUUUUUUAAUUAUUUUAUACAAAUAUUUACCCCUUAUUAUCAAAAACGUAUUCGAAUAGUUUUUUUUUUUUAUUAUCAAACACUCCUUUAUCUUUUUAGCAUCCAUUAUAAAUAUAAAUAAUAUCUAAUAUGGUAUAGUCCAGAUAUUAUACGGGAACGCAGCGGAAGCGUGCCACAAUGACUCGAGUUUGACAGUCCAAUGAUUCGAUUUACCGGCAACCAAAGCGACCGGAACAUGCAUUAAAAAAUUCCAUUUUUCACAUUCACUUUGACAGGCGGUUUAUUUUCCAGUGAACUAUCUAAAUAAUCUUAAUAUAACUCUCCAAACUUCUUGGUUUAGUUUUGCUUUGGGUAAACUUAAGGAAAAAAAAGAUUUAGAUUUCAUUCCUACCUUCGUCACAAUAAUAAACAUUUAACAACGAAACGACAAACAAAACGUUAGACUAACUUUUAGUCCAAUGUAAAUUGCGAAUUCGACGUCAAAUUCAAAUGCAACCUCAAAAUCGACGACAGUUCAGGAUAGUUACGUCAUUGCAGGCUGUUAUAAAAAUGAACAAGCAGCAUGGGUUGCAGAACGUAAGGCUUCACAUACCAGAACUGUGGAGUCGGAACAUGUGUCCCUGAUUUUGAAACCAAAACUGGAGUCGUAUUUUCAAACUCCCUGGAGUACGAAAUCAGAGCCAAAGUCAAAUAUUGGUAAUUCUCUGUUGUCGUAGUUUAAAUUAUACAAUAUCGACAAUUGAUUGAUGUUCAUUUACUACCAAUUCCUUAUAUAUGAACUAUAAUAUAUUUAUUUUUUUAUUCACGACUUCAAAAAUUUUCCUUCUCAGAUUUUCAUUGCCGUUUAAAAAAAUUAGCUUUGAAUUUUCAGUUUUAUAAGUGAUCAAACAAUAUCAUGACUAAAUGAGUAACAUAAUCCACAUAUCACUAAUCCUCAUAUAAUGCAAUACUUAAAUACGAGGAAAAACAAUAUACUUGAGCAGAUAACGUAACGUAACAAUUAUUGCAAACAAUCAAUGGUUAAAAUAGUCAUGCAGGAUUCACGUUGGCUCUUGAGGAGAAAAAAUAUUCUAUUUUAAAUUCACAGACAUUGCUAUUAGCGGUCACAUGUAGACGAGCAAAAUAUCCGAGGGCUUCCAAAUGACAACCUGAAAUGCAUAAUUCAAGUUUGUUUGAAAAUAAGCUGUUUAAAGAAUUGCAAUAAAAUGCUGCAUUUCUAAUUUAUUUCAAUUCUUUUUUAAGACAUGAGCUCAUUGUACACGAAAUAUGAUUUUAAACUUCGAUAUAAUUCCCAAAACAUCGAUAAAAUCCGUUCAAAUAUCACAUGCUUCUGUUUUCACAUAUGAGUUGGAAGGCCUUAUGACGUUUAUUCCAUAUUAUUUGAAUUGAAUUCAAAAAUUUAAAUGAACUGCAAACCUAUUAUAAGCUUCUGAAAUAAGCACCGAAAAAUAUUACUUGAUUAUAUUGCAUUAUCUUUUGUGGAUAAAUAUUUUGCCAAUACAUACAAUUAAAUAGGUUUUACUU